UCGUGUUCUGGAAGGCUAUCCACAAACAUCACCAUACCUACAUUCAGCUUCUUUCAUCGACCGGUGGGUGACCGAUACGAGAAGCGAGUUGGCUGCGGCCUGGCGAGUGGCUUCUUCUCACUGUGCUUAUUUCAUUUGUAGCGGUGGACUAUUUUUCGUUUUCGAGAACCACUUUAUAAGAAGUUGCUACCAUCAUCAUCAGACCUCAGUCACGACUGACACGAGUAUUGUGGGGUUCAACAUGGAGCCAGGAGUACACAACUACAGCGUCGUGUUUUCUUUCGAGAGAGAGUGGUAUGAGCCAAAAUUCCUCCGGUACAUGCUUGAUCGGUGGACAGACAGCUUCACUUAUUCUGCUAUCUAUGUUACCGUUGUGUUUGGUGGUCAGUUUCUGAUGAAAACUCGCCCUAGGUAUGACUUGAGACCAUUUCUAGCCCUCUGGAGCGGACUUCUCGGAGUUUUCAGCAUCAUGGGAGCUGUAAGAACAAUGCCAGAGCUCAUAGCCUCAAUCACCAAUCACAGCCUGCAGUACUCCGUGUGUGUACCAACUUAUUUCAAAGGUGUCACCAGCUUCUGGGCUUUCUUGUUUACGAUCUCAAAGGUGUACGAGUUGGGAGAUACUGUGUUCAUUGUACUGAGGAAACAGCGGCUCAUAUUUCUUCAUUGGUAUCAUCACAUCACUGUUCUGAUCUAUGUCUGGUACAGCUACACAGAUCAUACUGCUCCAGGACGAUGGUUUAUGGUCAUGAAUUACACAGUCCACUCUUGCAUGUACACCUAUUAUUGUCUGAGAGCCCUGAAGUUUAGAUUUCCUCAGUUUGUAAAUAUGCUGAUAACAAGUUUACAGUUGUUACAGAUGAUCAUCGGAGUGUCAAUCAACAUUUGGAUCUACCAGAUAAAGGGACGAGGGGAAUUUUGUCAGCAAACAUAUGAAAAUUUGAGAUACUCAUCUAUCAUGUACUUUACUUAUUUUAUAUUAUUUGCCCAAUUUUUCUAUUCAACUUAUAUUGCAAAAUCUCCUGUUGAAAGGAAAAAGGGAGAAUAAUGUCAUCGUACAACUACUACAUCAAUCAAGUCAUUGUCAACUGUCAUGGUAUCUUGCACGCUCAUUAUAAGGCUCCUUUGGGAACUGUGUAAUACUGAUUAUUGUGACUUUUGAGUAAAAUUUAUGGUUUAGUCAAGGGACAAAAGAAACGUACUGGCCAUGCCAUAUCUAAGGGGAGUUCCUUACUGUCCCACUGAGAGUCUGGUUGGGAGUAAGGGUAUCGAUCAUUUGGACAGUGGUUCAAUUGAUGUUGGGAGAAACAUGAAUGUAAGAGUUCAUCAUGCUUCCAAGUGCUAGAGUACGAAGAGGCAGUUGGGUUUUUUUUUCCUUUGAGAUGGUAUUGACUGUUUCUGUACGCAAUUCUGAAUGGUGCCCUCUGUUGACUAGAAUGUCAAGUAUAAAGACUUCAAGCAAUACUCUCAUUGAUAUUGUAUUGAGAUCUACUGGUACUGUAAAGUUGGUGUUUGAAAAGAAACAAUUGGCAUUAGGAAGCAAAUGUUAAUGUCAAAGUUGUAAUAAUUGUAGUCUGUGGAGCGUGCUGUCAAUGUAUUUUUUUAUUUGUUGAAUCAGCAGAAGAUUGUUUUCUUGUGAAUGUAUGUAGAAUCUAGUUAUUAGCUGUAUUUGACUAAAGGGUACAAAAAAUGUUUGAUUCAGUGUAAUAUAUCAUGUUAGAUCUAGGACAAGAAAUUGUUUCAUAUGAAAAGGCUACUCAAUAGUUGCCAAAUAAGGGAAAAUGAAAUUGUUAGUUUGUUAAUGUAUAGAAAAAUAAGCAAUUUGAAGCAGUGAGAAUUCACCCAAUGGUUGGAACAACUGUCUAGAAUGUUUUAUUUGGUAUUUUAUUAGUUGUAUGCUACUUUUCUUACCUCAUGAUGUGGUGAAGCUCAUUAUAUUCCAUGUCCGUCAUAGCAAAGCUUUUUUUUAUAAAAAUACAUUUUAGGUGCAAGAGAGAAAUGCGAGUAGAAAUAGUGUAAUGUAAUGUCUGAGGUUCUUGUGUGCUCAUGACUCCUGUUACUGCCAUCAUGUGUAUAAUAGACUUGUUUUCAUAGAAUUUUAGAGCCGAUUGUUGUUGCUGUAUGUAUGAGUGAGUUUUUUAUUGUUUCCAGCUUUCCUUUUGGAUUAAUUCAUCUCAGUUUAAACGGAUGUCAUGUCUGGGCCGGACUUGCAAAAUCCCUGCAAGCAAGCGUGGGUUGCCGUCCAUGAUUGUCAUCGCUCAUCCUUCAUCAUCUGUCAAAGUCGAUGUGGAAGUGUAGAAGAUUUACCUUUUUAUUUAAAUGAAUGGAAUGCAGAAUACAACGUACGGCAUGAACAAUAAUGCUUGAUUGUGUUCGGUCAAAUGGUCUGUAACACCCCCUCAACAGUGAUGAUGUUAAUUUCUCUUUAUAUUGAGAUGGCUCGAUGAGAGAUGCUUUGAUGAUAUGGACACUGAAGACUAACAGUCCCCUUGCCUUACAUAUGCUUUUUUAAAAUUUAUUUAAUAUUUGUUGUACUAUUACUAUAAAUUUGUGCUUCCUUUUAAAAUCUUGCAUUAGAUUUUUUAAGUACCGGUAUUUUUAAACGCAACACGCAGAAUUUCUGGCAUAAUUCGUAAAGUAAUGAUUUUGUACUGUUUGUUUGCGAGCAGAUGUUAUUUCACUGUUAAUCAGUUUUAUUGGCAUUGGAAUUUCUAGAGGACUUAAAAUUUGUGUACAUCGUAAGUUCAACUUUGUAAAAUGAUCUCAGAGCGACAUCAACAUUGAAGAGUGAGUUAUUUUUAUAUAUUGAACCCGAUUUCUUUUUUCAUUCGUUAGAUAAAGGCUAUUCGUUUAUUUUUGGAAUUUAUAAAUUUAUCCAAUCUACUUCAUUUUAUUUUAUUUUUUUACUCUCUUUUGCUUAAUCUAAAAAGUUAUUCCAUGUUUACCGUACUGACUUUGGUUCAGAUUGUGUGGCAGGAUUAUGGUUAACGACAACGUGAUGCAUUAUAUUUCCCCAUGCUAGUCUGCGAGAAAUGUGUCUGUCGUAGUUGUUCAUCAUUCCUGGAAAUGACGAUGCAUUGUUCCUCCGAUGUGUCUGAGUAGCCGGCAGUUUGUUCCAAGCAUCUGGUUUUCCAAUUUUGCUGUACUCACUUACAGGUUGUAAGAAGUAAUUUAUUCAGGUUGUGUUUAAGGAAUAGGCACAACGCAUUUUGCAUCUCUGUUACAUACAAAUUUCCCUCCUAACAUCUGUUUUGCACUACCUCUAAGUUUCGAAAUUUCGUCAAUUGGAGCUUAAAAUGUAUGAGUAAUGAUUAACUACUUUAAAUAUAUUCGGCUACCUUUUAAAUGUACAGAUGGAACACACAAAUUUAUAAAAACGUUUUGGACAAAGUAGAAAUUUUUUCUAUUUCUAUUGCGUGGGCUUGUAACUAAAUGAAGCAAAUUAUGUUUUUUCAUGUUGUUAUAGCUGUUGACAUACAAUUCAACCAGCCUACAACACAUACAUGUAAUACUGACUGCAAAAAUAAUCUGGGACUGUUUAGGCUGUUGAAAUAUAUCUCUCCAUCAAUACACCGAGAAGUUUGCCUCUCAUUUUUCCCAGGUCUUGGGUUUUUUGCCUGAACUCAUUUUGGGAGAUAAGCCAGCUGAAUUAGAGUCUUCUUGGAAGUUUCCAUGAUAGGGGAUCAGAUGCAUUACAAUUUCAAAGGCUGAUUUUUUUAGUGUGGUACCGUAACAACAUGUGUUGGUGAUAAAUUUCAGCUUGGCUUUAUGAUCCUCCUCUUUUAUAAAUGAAAUUUUACCUCCUGUUUGGGGUGGGGGCUAGGAGAGCGAUUUACGAUAGAAGGAAUUAUAGUUGGUUGCUUUGGUGUGUAGAAAAUGCAAAUGAUUUGAAGUUCUUUACGUGAUACAAAAUUAUGAUAUAUUUAUUAAGAAAAAAAGCUAGGGGGAGGGUGUUGAUUAGCAGAUCUUAGGAGCCUUAAAAACAGCAAUGCUUAAUUGUGUGUACAUAAAUAAGUUUGAAACUGUGGAAGAACUGCUCAACCUUUGUCAUACACAUACAAUUUUGUGAAUAACUUUUAUGAAGUCACCUUGUAGUUUUAACAAUCAUACCAAGAGGUUUUUGUGCAUUCUUGUUGGUUAUUUCCUUCUUUCGAGGUAUUGAACGAACUGAAUUGAGUAUAAAAGAAAUUUGUUUGGUGGCAAUUAUCUGGUUUAUUUAAAGAUUUUGUACAACUUUCUUUUUAACCCCCCACCCCCUCCUCUCUCUCUCAAAUGAACCUACUUAUCGUGUGCAUCUAGUAGAGAGGAUAACACUUGUUGAUUGGAACUCCUUGAUAAGGAUUGACAGGACAUAGAUACAUAAAACAGGCUUUUGGCAGCUCCUUGUGUGAUUAUAAUGUCACAUAAAUACCAAAAAUACUUGAAGUAGCAGUAUUUAGAUAACCCCAGUAGAUAUAAUGUAGCAACCAAGACUGGCACUGUGUUCCUGCUCAUCAUCAUGUCAUGGGGCAAAACUCUAUUUUUGUUUUUGGAAUUUAUAGAGAAUAGGCCUUGGGUGUUGGAGUGAGGGAUAUAAUCCUAUCAGUUUGAAAUAGUCUGCAGUGGGAAAAACUCCUGGAGUGAGCACUAUGACACUAUGUAACCAACAUAUCGAGCCCAGAGAGUGGAUGAUGGUCCCUAUCAGAUCGGAGUUGCUUGCUGUUUUAUUUUGUCGUCUUUGCAACGAAAUUUGAAAAAUUGCUCUGUGAGUGGUCAUCUCACAUACAUGAUAGGAAUUUAAAAUGUGGUGAAUAAUUAGUAUUUGGCUCGGAUCCAUCCUCCUGUUUUAAACAUUUUUGUUUUGCAUUAUAUUACUUUUUAAAAACUUUGCGCUUGUAGCCUUAUAAUUUGUACUUUUCAUUCUUUUGUGCAGGACAUAUGUCCUCCAGGAAAAUGAAACUUUUCUCCAAGGCUGGAAAAUGACCCCUUUUUAACUUCAACAGCAUUACUGUACUGUUCCUUUCUAUAGAACUGUUUCUGUGGUAUGUGUAGAUCAUUUUGUUUGACUAAGCACCAAAACCAUUUUUGUUACUGUUACAGUAUUGUGAUACUAUAGAAAAAUUCGCACUUUCCAUGCCAAUAAAAUUCUAUGGCGAGAGUAAUAUAUUUUUAGUUGAUUUGUAGAUUUUCAUUUUCCACUUUUUUGUACACAUUUUUAAAACUUUUUGUACGCCAUGAGUUUAUGUUGAGACUAAGAAAUGGGGGCUUCUUGUAGGUGUGCACCAUAAAGUCACCUCACUGCCUUAUUUCUUUUUCUUAUUUUGAUUUGCCAAAUGAGGCUGUCAGGGUACAAAGGGUCACAAUAAUCACCAGGUUAUUGAAGAAAUACACUUUGGAAUAAAGUAGAUUCAAGUCUUACUUUUAUGUCCACUAUGUUCUGUUUAGAGAUUUUAUAUUAAAUCCUCGUACAUAAGUGAACCUGACAUAACAUUUUUGUCUACUAUGUUCUGUUCAGAGAUUUUAUAUUAAAUCCUCGUACAUAAGUGAACUUGACGUAAUAACAUUUUUAUUUUGAGUUUAUCCGGUUUUUUAAAGGACAAUUCCAAGCCUGAGUGAGAAUGUCACUCCAGAGAACAUUCUUGCUUGAACAAAGUGAUGUUUUCUAUUCUUUUCUUGUAAUGAAUGAGGUAUGGUCUGACAACAGAAGAUCACAAACAUUAUCUAUCAUCGGUGCUUCGGUGGAGAUGGGUUUACUUUGUUUAGAAUUCCACAAAGUGCCCAAUUGUAUUUUGCAUUCACUCUGUCCCUCAUUUGUUUGUGGAGUCCUACUACCAAGAAAUCCAGUAUUAUCCCUGCUUCUCUUUGAACACCACUUUUUCUUUUCGUACAUGUCGUGUGUGUUGUUCGUUUUGUUUUGUUUUUUUUGUUUUUUCUCUGAUUCUUGUGUUGGCGAUUUCCUCUCCCAUCUUUACAUCUUAGUGCACUGGCCUGGCAGGAAGUAUUUUGAACUAUCAAUGAAGCAUAUUAAUUGUCUAUUAAUUUUCGUAGCUGUUCAGUUCUGCUUGUCUGAUGACGACGCUACAUCAAAACAGCUGGCAAAUUUUGUUGUUAUAAAAAUCAGUGCGCAGCGAAUUGCUGAUUCUUCCAUAUUGAGCACAGCUGUCGUUAUGGUGGCAGUUUGCUGUCGAAGUUUGUUAGUUUCUGCUGGGUUAUGAAUUACCAUUAUUGUGUGAUUGCCACUCUCAUUUGAACUUCCAUGUGUUUAGGUAACAGACUAACCAAACAUAGUCGGUACAUUGUCAGAAAAGCUCUUUGCUUCUCAGGAAUAAUUUUUGUAAAUGUAGUAUGAGUAUGAUAUAUAUAAUGUUUUGAAUAAUCAUUUAAUGUAUUCAUAGUUACGUACACAUCUUUUCAUCAUCACUUUAGUCAAACAAGUAACAUUGCUGUUGACAAGAAGCCAAUUUUCGCCAUCUGAGGAGACGAAAUGUUUUUUAAAAAAGUAGAAGUGUAAAUGGGCUGGGUAACAAGAUUCAUAGGAUUAACAAAAUCAUGAUAAAUCUACCGGUCUUUUUCUAAACCUGACAGUUUUUCAAGGUGAGCAGUGCUCCUACUAAGUGUAGAAAAUGGAAGACCUGAAUGGGGUAUUGUAAUGAUACAUGUGUACUGUCUUUGCUAUCUUCACUACUUCGGAGCAAAUUGCCUUUUUCUGGGUCCAGUCAAUUUUUAAAGUGUUUUGUCAUUGUCACCACUGUUUCUUCUACUUUUAACGUUCUUCAUAAUUUGUUUUGCAUUUCCAGUCAUAGAUGAAACCGGUAUUUUUGUCACAAAGACAUAUCAAGGAACAAGUGAAUGACUGAACGAUAAGAAUGAAGAAACCAUUGCGCUACUUUGAUAUAUAUGUGUAUUUAUUUUUAAUUUUAUACCCGUACUUUUAAAAAAAUCUCAACCAAGUGUUAAUGUUCUGCUUUUUGUCAUCUGGUUUGUUUUUGUUUUCUUCCCCCACUAUGUCAGAAGGUACUCCAACUCCAAUAUUUUAUUUAUGGACACUGCAUGAGAAAUUUGGUCACAACUGAAAAAGCUGUGUCUUGGUACUCCAGUUGUUGUUGUUGUUGCCAAGACUUUAAUUCGCUUUUGUGAAAGGCCAAGAGAAAGAUUUUAUUUUUGACACUUAUAACCAGGCUCUAGGAGUUUCUUUUUUAUUGUUGUUUUGCUUUUUUAAAUACAUGUGUUAUUAAUUUGUUUUUAGCAGAUAUACAUAUAGAGAGAAGUUAUUAGGUUUUAUGUUUACAAAUGCUGUGAGUUUGUUGAUCCCUGUGUUAUUAUUAUUAUUAUUAGACCGUGUGAAAUAGUUUUGAGUCCGCCCGACUUUUGAUUGUUAUUAUUUUUUAAAAUUUUGAGAAUUAAGCUGAAGUUUUCAUUUUGUUGGGACUCUCCUCCCCCCACCUCCUCCCAUUCUGGCUCUUGCUGUCCUGUGCAUGAGUAUGCUUCAGGAUGCAUCGCACAGUUCCAUGUGGCAUACUUUUGCUUGUUUUAGGUUUCUUUUUUUUUUUUGCCUUUGUUGACUGUAAAGUAUUGUGAUAUCUUCAAGACAGGUGGAUGGUCAUAACCCUGUCUCUCUUCCUUUACACCGUUUUCACCUCCUGUGUUACGCUCCGCUGUGUGUGUAAAUCUAUAAUAUAUGUGUAUAAUAUUGUGAAAAAGAAGUUUGAAAACUGAUUUUCAAUUUCUUUUCGUCUGUCUGUUGAUGAAGAAAAUGUCUUUUGUCCCCUUGUGGAAAGAUGUGUUAGUUAGUAUAUUCCUUCUUUCUGCUGGAAUGUAUCCUACACAACCGGGGGGAGCCCUGAUGAUAGUCAGGAUCAAAGUAACAAGCCCAUCUUAUAAAUUAUCUAAAUUGUAGGGAUGUGAGACAUUACUUUAUUACAUAUUUUAAAUGGUUUGUUGGAUUAUUUUUCAAAAAGUUUUGUUCCUUGCAGGGCGAAAGUAAUGGUACCUGGUACACAUGUAUCCGGGUUUGGGGUGGCCUGGCCUGGCCUGGCCCUGCUGGUAGUGCAGGAAGCAGGACAUACUGUUUGUCAGUUUUUUCCGUGCUUAAUUAACUUGAAUUUGAGAUUUUGAAAGAAAUUUCUGGAAUGUUAAAAGGAUCCCGCUUUCAUUGGAACACAUGACAUUGGGCAACUCACAAUUGCUGAUUCAAAAGGAUGGUGAAAAAUGAAACAAGGGGGUCUCAAAAAGAAAAGAGCACAUGAAAAUAAUUUGGUUGCACAGCAAUUUAGCAGUUGACCCAGCGUUGAGUUAACCCAAAAGGCUUUGACUUGAGUAUUAGAUCUAUGUGUCAUUCUGAAAUUUAGUGAUGCAGCAGUCUUUAAAAAAAUUGUGUUAGUUAUUUGAGUUAUUUUUCCCUUCUUGCUUUUUAGAAGAAAUGUGAACCUUUAUGUUACGUUGUGAACAAAUGUGGCUUAAAGUGUCAUUGGAAUUUACGAGACGUAAAAAAUGUUUUAUCUGAUUUACCGCCAUGUAGCUUUGUUCCGUCUUUUCAUGGCUAUGACUGUUAUUCCACGAAAGAAAAGCUUCAGGCUACUUCAACAGUUCUACCACUCACUUAUUACAUUGUUUAUACAACAGAA